AGAAUUCUUGCAGAUCUGUAUGUAAAUUUUGACCAAAUUCUGGGAAAAAAUUGAAAAUUUUCUCUUAGACAUUUUAACAAACACUUGGUGUUCAUAACCUGAAUGAUUGAUAUAAAACAUUGUUGGAGUGAAUUUUUUCUUAUGUGGGGCAUUUUUCAUUGUGGUCCAAUUGUCCCUACUUGCUUUGUUUUAUUUUGCAUAAUUUUUUGGCAAUUCUCUCUUUCUUUUUUUGAUGGGUAUAGCUAAUGUGGUACCAUUUCACACUUUUGACAACAUCGUUUAUCUCAUGUCUUGUUGCAAUCAAUUAUAAUGUUGUAAUUGAAUUCUGGGUGUGAAAUUAGCUAGUGCCCAAUAUUGUGAUUUAUGGGUUGAUUUUUGUUUGUGGUUGAUAUUGUAUAGGUAUUUUGUAAGCUUUUGGAGUUGUUUUAAUGGAGUCUCAAACUGAGGUAAUUGUUGAGGAAUGUAAGAAUGAUGGGGUCAAUGAAAUUGGAAUUGAUGAGAAACCCAUUGUUGAAGGAUUGGGGUUGAAUCAGAAUGUUUUUAAUGAUGGGAAGAUUUCGGAAUCGAAUAUGGUUUCGAAGAAUGUGGUAAAGUCUGAUGCUUUAAAGGGUUCUAAGAUUAAAUCUGGUGGUCCAAAAGGAUCCAAAACUGGUGGGAUUGAGAUCUCAAAAGUAUCUAAGGAAUCUGCUGCUACCAAGAAGGUGACUGAGAAAGCUAAUGGGAAGACUGGAGUGUCCUCCAUUCGUAAACAGAAACCGAGCUUAAGUCAAAGUCUGUCGUUCCCAUCGAAAGGCAGUCUUGGCAAUUCGCUGAAGAAAAGCCUUGAUGUUACUCCUGUGAAAUCCAACUCCAAGCAAUCAAUAGCUAAUGUUAAAAAGGCCUAUACCUCUUCUUCUGAGGCAUCAUUGACUUCGGGUUCUGUAAUGGAUCAUACAAAUGGCCAAACGCCGAGUGAUUUUACUUCAAAGGAAACAAAUCCUAAAAAGAAUGGGAUAUCUGUUAAGCAAACAUCAAGUGCAUCUGCCCCAAGCAUUAAGCGCUCUGUGUCAGCGAAAUCUGGUUCAAAGGCUGCAAAUGCUAAUGAUCACGCCUCCGAAUCAUCCCUAGUAGUUGAUCAAAGUCCUAUACCUGUCAAAGAAGUUUUUCCUGUGGUCGAGGAUAGUGAUGAUUCCAAGGAUUCAAAUCAAAACCAAGAUGAUACUUCAUCAAAGAAGAGUUGUACUUCUGGAUUUGCAUUCAGAUUGGAUGAACGUGCUGAAAAACGAAGAGAGUUCAAUAUGAAAAUUGAAGAGAAAAUAAAUGCCAAAGAGGAAGAGAAAAAUAACUUGCAGGCCAAGUCUAAGGAGAGCCAGGAGGCAGAGAUCAGGCGGCUGAGAAAGAGUUUGAAUUUCAAAGCUACGCCAAUGCCAAAUUUCUAUAAAGAACCUCCUCCAAAAGUUGAAAUAAAAAAGAUACCUACAACACGUGCAAAAUCUCCAAAGCUUGGCAGAAAUAAGAGCCCAGUUGCAGCAAAUACUGCUUCUGAACUCGGUGCUCCUUGUGUAAGUCCUCGUGUGAGCAAUGCGGUGAAGAGAGUUCAUGCAAAUGGUGAGAAAACUGCUGAUGCUGCUAAAAAAUCUGCAAAGAAAUCCCAAUCAAAGCUUCAGCCUCGAGAAUCUGUUAAUGCCAGAAGCGAAGAUAUUGUGAAAUCUAAACCAAAGAAAAAGGAAGCAAUAGCUGAAAGUGAGAAAUCAAGUGGCAACGCAAAGGAAGAAACCCAAACUUCGCCUCAAUCUCCUUUUGAGGUUGCUGAGGAAGCAAACCAAGUCUCCGCAGUGGAAAUUUCCCAGGAUAAUGGACUGCUAACAAAUACUACCAAAACCGAGGCCAUGUCUAGUGAAAUUAUGGUUGGGGGUUGAGGAUAGAGUUUCUGUUUCCGUGGAUGCUGAAACUUCCUGCGGCUUGCUGAGGUUGAUGCUGUUGUAAAAAGGGCAUAUGUAUAUUGAGAGUUGUAUAUCAUUUAUAAUCUGUUAUGUUAAGGGGGAAAAGAUGAGAAACCUAUGUAUUGGCUGUUAAAGGUCAAUAUAUUGUUGUCUUUCUUUUUUUCGUAUUUUGUUCAUUAAUAUUAUAGUUUUUGGAACUUUGGGUAAAAUAUUCAAUUCUUUGGUCUGGUUUCCCAUCCUGUACUCAGCCUCAAAACACUAGAAAAGUAUGAUUUCAGAAAACAUUGAUAAUUUCUCUGUACAUAAAUUCUGGAAUAUUUUUUUUCUUUUAA